UUAUACAUUGCGAUAGCAGCUGUAAAUAUUGUUCUCUCCAUCACGGCAUCUCUGGGCAACAUUCUGAUCCUGAUUGCUCUUCGCAAAGUGACUUCUAUUCAUCCGCCGACAAAACUGUUGUUUCAAUGCUUGGCCAUCACUGAUCUUGGAGUUGGUCUCAUUUCCCAGCCACUCAUGGCCACGCUGAUACUCCUGGUUGAUAAUAUUGACACUAAAAUUUGGAAUAUCUUGUCUUCCUAUCUCGGGUCUUUAUCCAUUAUUUUUACUGGAGUAUCGGUUUUUGCAUCAACUGCCCUGAGUGUGGACAGACUUCUCGCCCUGUUUUUGGGGUUGAGGUACAGACACGUUGUAACAUUGAAGCGAAUUCGUGCAGUUCUUGCCUGUGGUUGUUUAGCCGUUCUAUUGCUUCUGUUGGUUUGGAAUUUUAGGGCAAAAACCAGGAUUAUGAUAAUUAUAAUUUUCUUGACACUUUGUCUCAUUAUCUCGCUGUUCUCUUACACGAAGAUUGUCCUUAGACUUCGUCAACAUCAGUCCAGUGUACGAGACAAUGUCCAGCAAGGACAAGCGAACACAGGAGGAAUUCCACUGAACUUAGAACGAUAUAAAAAAACUGUUGUAAGCAUAGCUUUGGUGCAGCUGGCAUUAGUUACAUGCUAUUUUCCUUCUAAUAUUUGCCUUAUUUUGAUUCAACUGGGUCGUAUUCCCCCUGGUAUUGAUUUGAUAUUACUUUAUUACACUACCACUCUCCUUUUCCUAAACUCGUCUUUAAACCCGUGUCUGUACUGCUGGAGGAUCAAGGAAAUACGACAAGCAGUGAAAGUCACAAUCAGAAGGUUUUGCACGUGUUUAAGUCAAGAAACAUCCACUCUAUCUACGAAUCAGUAAAAAUUAUUGUGUAACUGCAGCUCAUUCUCUCUUGGUAAUAGUAGUGUCAACUGAAAACCAAUACUGAAGCUAAUAACUGGAAAGAAAUCAAUAAAAACAAUCAUGCUUUAAAGGUUUAUCGAUAUUUGAGAAAAAAUGAUAAUAUAUAAAUAGUAAAUUUUCACCAUGUUUCAGCUACCAGCACCAUAUUCCUCCCUGAUGAUUCGUUCGCAUUUUAUCAAAAGUGGUAAUUUCCAAACUUUUGGUUUCUUUACUGCUUAACGCUAGUCUUGAUUGUUUUGUUUUAUUUUUACCCCUGAUCCAGACCGUGGGGUGGGGGGCUAAAAAGUUGAAUAACUUCAAAACCGUUCAAUCUAUGACCACCAAACUUAGCAACUUUGUGGGAAAUUUUCAGCUUGCACGAAUUUUUUUUUCGCUCACUGCUUGUGCAGGAAUUUUUUGUUCAGGUGAACCCCUCUGCACGAACUUUUUUUUCAGACAAAUAUUGCUUUUUUUUUGAACAGUGAAAUCUUGAUUUAUUAUCUAUGUUUUUGUGCUUUAUAAAUUGUUCUACACUCACAACAGAUCAAAGGAUACAGGCCACUUUAAUGCAAAAUCUUUUCGAAAAUGUACACACAGUGAGAGAGGAGGAAGCCACUUGGAGUGGACGGCUUCCCUGUGCAUUUUUUCAGUCCCUGCUCUCUGGAAUUCCUCUCCUACAGCCCAUCAUAAUGAUGCCAUACUCCAUUCAUCAAAAUAGCAAGAAAUAAGCGUUGAUAGGCCAAACACAACUCAUAAGCUCGUGAUAAUGUGAACCGUGACCUUGAGAGUCUGCUUGAACAGUGGUUCUCUUUCUUUUUUUCUCUCGCGCGAAGUUUACUAGCACUACACAGUGCAAGACGUGUAGCAUUCUAAACUUUGACUGAGUAAAUCUUGUUUUUUCCGCACUAAGUCUUAUAUUUAGAGGUCAUGAAGCCGGUUUGUUGCAUGCAUACUUAGUAAUCAUUUCCUGUGGUUUAUGCUUCUGUAGGUGUCCCUGAUAGGAUUUGAUUUCAGAUGUAGUUGUAAAGUGUUUUAUAUCCUUUGAACUCUGUUUAUUACGGCUGAAUAAAGAUUUUAGUUUUUUUGGUUUUCUCAGAAAUGACUGUACCUGAAUAACUAUAUGCAUGAAUACAAGUUUCUUUGUCCGUGAAUGUGAUUAUUUCCUGCCAUGUGAGUGUGACUCUGGGCUCAGCUCUAUAGUGUGGUUUGCAGGAUUUUGAAUUUCCACGGACAGUGCGAUCUUCAGAUUUGAGUUGUACACUGUAGCUAAAACUAAAGUUACACCAAGUUUGGAGAAAUAUGCCGUGCGUCAGUCAAGAUAAUUCUCUUAGCGCCCACACAGUCCAUUUAGUUUUUCUUAACAUAAGUGAGUCUUUGAACUAGAGCGCGAUGUCUUGUUGUUCCUUCGUAGGUAUUUACUUAAGUUUUUGCUUAACAGUCGUCUAUGCGACUGCUAUGAAUUCUUACGCAAGACUGCAGUUUCGGAACCAUAGCGUUCCUCGUCAGUUGCUACUAUGGUAAAGUCUUAGUUACAAAGAGCUAAGCAGGCUGUUUAAAUACUGGUGGCUAGGAUCGAAAAUACUAACUUGCCAUUGGCUGCAAAAGUGACCAAUAGCGUAGGUGUAUCUUUUUGUGGGCACAAAUAAUUUUAUAGAAUAUUUACAAAGCUACCAAAUUCUAAUAUUUAUUUAUUACAAAUUUUAUUUUAUUAUUUUUAUUAUAAUACAGUAUACAGUGUAUGUUGUAGGUACACCAGCUGCAAUUUAAAACAAAAACAAGGUUCUAAUUGUCUCCUUUCAUAAGAAGAAAGUGAUUUUUGUUUAUUCAUAUUGUGCCUGUUAAUAUUGUUGAUUUCUGAAACUCAGACUUUCUGAAAAAGUCACAAUUGGACCUUCCCUCUGCAUGAAUUUUUUUCUUUACCUUCUCCUUUGCAUGAAUUUUUUUUCUUUACCUUCUCCUUUGCAUGAAUUUUUUUUCUUGGCAUUUUCCCUUGCAUGAAUUUUUUUUGGGUUUUUUCCCCACCCCCCUCCCCCCAUCACUUUUCUAAUGGUCCGUCCCUUAGGUUGCGAGAGGUCCCGGGUUCGACUCCUCGACAGGCCCAAAAUAACAGUAUCUUAGUUUUGUACCUGCGUUUUUUUUUUGAUCGAAAAUACGUUUGGCUUAACUUAAAGGGACUCUAGGAAUGGCUAUAAUGGAAUAUCAAGAUCUUUAGUAUAGGCUCAACUCUUUUUCGGUUGUUUACAUGAUAUAAUAUGUGGCAUUAGGGAGAUUAGUGAACUUACGCAACAGGACGGAAGAGGAAAGAAGACGGCAAACCUUGUGUGACAAGCGUGACAAUAAUUUUAUUUGAAACAACUUUUCGCCAAACUUCACUUUCCUUUAAACAGAUCUUUUUGUAAUGGACCAGAAAACCUUGGUGUUAAGUGAAGAUCACGACAAAACCCACAGGUAAUAGCCUUGUCCCGUUUGUCACACACAACUGUUUUGCCGUCCUCUUCUUCCUGCCGUCCUGUUGCGUAAACUCACUAAUAAAGCAACAAGGACGGCGACGGCCACGAAAACGUCAGUCGCUUGAAAUGUGAAUUCGCUUUACCUCAAACUUUAUCGCGCUUGUUCCAUCUAGUUUAUUCGUCAAACGUUAAUGGUUUAUUGGCAAAUUUUUUUUUUUUUUUUUUUUGGGGGGGUUGAAUUCCAAAGGACUGAUGAAAGUUCAGGAAAAGAAAAAGAAAUGUACAAAAAAGCGUGAUGCACGUGCAAAGUUGUUUUGUUGUUUUUUUUUUGCCUAUCUGAACCUAUUGCUUUUAUGCCGUUCUCGUUGAAGUCGCCGUCGUCGUUGCUUAUAAGCUUUCUUAACGCAAGUCGUAUCUAAACUCUCAGCAACAUAACAUGUUGAAUUAAGACAGGUUUACCAACAAAAGUGUUAAAAAAUGACAUUUUUGUAUAGGCUCCAAGUAUUGAUAUGGAUUUUCCUUUGUACAAUUUGUAGUCAAGCUAAGUAGACUGACGAAGUAGACUUUGUUAGAACUUUUUUAACAAGAGAGCUUUUUUGAAGGUGAGGAGUUUUUGGCGUAAAUGUAAAGCUAGAGAGCUAAUCCUGUCGUGUUUCAUCAAAAGUAAGCAAUUUUCUAAAAAGAACAGCGCUUGACGAGAAAUAAAAAAGAAUAAAUUUAAUUGGUUUUCCACCCGAGAGAGAGAGCUAAGCUGGUAGAGCUUUUGCUUCUGAGUUCACGUGACCUAUCUCAUGCCAAAAUUUAUGGACACAACUUUUAAAAAAAUAUAGAUGGAAAGAGAACUGAAAGUAUAAUCGGCCUAUCGAUUUUUAGGCUUUUGAUUUCUCAACAGCGAGACUUAUGACACGAAUAAAUACACUUUGGUACAAAGGGAACAUUGUUAACGCGUGCGCCUUUAUUGUAAACUAGGAAAUAGGAAAUUUGUCUAUGGUCGCCUUUUCGGUGCAAAUCGUCGCCCGCCCUGCAGUUAAGCAAUUUUUCUCAUAAUAGCGUAACUGACCUAACAAACUUAUUCCUGAUCACUUAUAAGUUUUACGUUUAUUUUUUCCUAAGCGCGUAGUUGAAUUUAUCAUCAUAGCGCCAACAGAGAAGUUGUAGUCUCACAGACUUUAUUAAACAAGCCUGCCACUUCGGUCAUCUAGCUAUCAAACAUACUGUUGUUGUAAUUUUACAAGCUUUUCUUAAGAUCUCUUAAUGACUUCCUUUUCAUCUGGCAUUGUUCCCAAAUUAGAAUGUUGGUUAAGGUCGUCCUGCGCCAAAUAAGCAAGCAAUUAAUUGAGGUAAAUUAAGGUCUGUAACCUGACAAUAUGUUAUCGAAGCAAUAUAUGUCGGCGACGUCUCACAUAGAAUCUUCACUUUGAAUAGAAUACAGUUGACUCCAGAUAACUCGAACCUCCCGCCAACUCGAAGUAAUUUUUGCUUCUCUUCAGAUCAUUUCUAUGUCAUUAAAAAAAAACGGUGUACUGAAAUCCGAAACAUUGCAUUCGAUUCAAUUGAAAACAACCGUGUCAAUUUUUUGUCCGCCUUUAUUUUUUGUCACUCCAGUUCAAAUUCAUUGUCCAUUCCCCUGUGUCAUAUCAAGCGUUGUUGCUUUUAAAAUUCCUUGUUCACAGUAUCAAUCUUUAUUUCUUGCUGCCUUUGAAGUGAAGUAUGCAUGAUACUUGCGUUCCUUCCCCAUCCAUUUGCUUAUUUCCGGUUAUUUGUUUCGAUCUCACGAUAACUCGAACGUUUUUCGGUUUCCAUAGAAGGUUCGAGUUAUCGGGAGUCGACUGUAGUUUCAAAUGAUCAAAAUCCAUUAUUGGCUCCAACACCGACGGGAAUAAAACAAAAAAAAUUCAUUUUUAGUCCCUGAAUUAAUCUGAAUGUAAUUUCUGCCUAUUGAACAAUAAAGGCUGAACAUAUAUUGUACAUAUACACUUGAUUUCAACUCGAAUUAUUAGAGUUGCUCUAUUGAGAUAAUAGAAAAAAAUAAAUAAUAACAAUAAUAAUAAACAAAAUUCUUAAAUCUGAUAAAUUAUUACAAUACGUAAAUUAAGACUCUAAAAUACUAAAAGUUCAUUUUUUAUUGGUCUCAGUAAAAUCAGUUAUUGAUGCUGUUGUUCUCAUACUGUCUACUGCAAAUUAGUUAAAUAAGGAAAGAUGAUAAAUUUUAAGCUGGCUAAAGAUCUUUCCUGUGGUCGGAUGAUCCUAGUUAACGGGUUAAGAAUCAAAAUUUUCAAUAACGGAGAACUAAGAAUAUGCUAAGAAAAAAAUUAAAAUAUCAAGAUAUCACUGAGAAUUAAAAGAAGCGCAAAGCUUUCGCAAAUUCAGUUCUCGUUUCAUCGAAUUACUCUUUUGGGGAUACCAUGAAUUCAUUCAAACAAGUGCCUCAGCCAGUUACUUUCUGUUAAGAGGGGUGUAUAUCCUUACAUACGGUAUCCUUUUCAGUAUAUGAGCAGAUUUCAUCAAAAUAUGCGAAGACGCACGAACGUACAAAUCAAACACUCGAUUAGUUUAAGUUUUAAUAUAUGUUGGAGCUAGUUGUGAAUCGAAAUUGCAUCUAAAAAUGUAAAAUGUAAAAUGCAUUUAAAAUGUAAAAAAUUCAGAACUAUGUUCACGAAUUUGUAAUGUUCUUACGGCGCUCGUUCUCAGCAAAGAAAGACCCUAGUUUUCAGCAGCGUUCUCGCUAAUUGAACAUGUUGGCUUACUAUAAAUAUAAAUUGACUGGUAGGAAAAUAUGACGACGUUUGCGCAACUAAACCCACGCUCCUCGACCUGCAUAAUAUGUUGCAAAUAACAAAUUUAUCAAUUUGUCGGAGUCUAACAAGAGAAAUUUAUUUUUCACUUGUCACGGAGUUGCGAAACAUUUGUUAAUAAUGCAGACCUGUCAACUUAAGAAAACAAACGCCAUUUAUUCGACAUAAGAACCUAGUGAGUCAUAGCGGAAAGAACACCUUUUGUGAAGCAGUCAAAGUAAGGCACCUCGUCUCUCAAUAACAGCAAGAAAAAUGGUGAACUUGACGGAAGGCAAGAUGAAGACACUGCUUUCUGCAAACAUAGGUGUAGGUUUAUACAUUACGAUAGCAGCUGUAAAUAUUGUUCUCUCCAUCACGGCAUCUCUGGGCAACAUUCUGAUCCUGAUUGCUCUUCGCAAAGUGACUUCUAUUCAUCCGCCGACAAAACUGUUGUUUCAAUGCUUGGCCAUCACUGAUCUUGGCGUUGGUCUCAUUUCCCAGCCACUCAUGGCCACCCUGAUACACCUGGUUGAUAAUAUUGACAUCAAAAUUUGGAGUGUCUUGUUUUUCCAUCUACUGGGGUCUUUAUCCAUUGCUUUUUGUGGAGUAUCGGUUUUUGCAUCAACUGCCCUGAGUGUGGACAGACUUCUCGCCCUGUUUAUGGGGUUGAGGUACAGACAUGUUGUAACACUGAAGCGAAUUCGUGCAGUUCUUGCCUGUGGUUGUUUAGCCCUCCUAUUGACUGUGUUGGUUUGGAAUUUUAGGACAAAAUCCGCCAGGAUUAUGAUUACAAUUGUCUUGACACUCUGUCUCAUUAUCUCGCUGUUUUCUUACACGAAGAUCGUCCUUAGACUUCGGCAACAUCAGUCCAGUGUACGAGACAAUGCCCAGCAAGGACAAGCGAACACAGGAGGAAGUCCAUUGAACUUAGAACGAUAUAAGAGGACUGUUGUAAGCGUAGCUUUGGUGCACCUGGCAUUAGUAAUAUGCUAUCUUCCAUUUAAUAUUUUCAAUACUUUGAUUCAUCUAAAGGGUAUUCACCCUAAUAUUUAUUUUCUUUAUCAUUUUACUACAACUCUCCUUUUCCUAAACUCGUCUUUAAACCCGUUUCUGUACUGCUGGAGAAUCAAAGAAAUACGACAAGUAGUGAAGGCCACAAUCAUAAGGUUUUGCACCUGUUUGAGCCAAGGAACAUCCACUUUAUCUACGAAUCAGUAA